AGCAAGUAAAUAGCAAAAUGUCUUCUAAUUACAUAAGGAACAAUAUAUUCAAAGUUUUCUUUGGUGACAGGUACUCUUCAACUGAUGUCUAAGUUCUCUCAGCGCCUGGUUUGAUCUCAUCACUCCGGGGAGGAUUCCCUUGUUUUGCUAGCUGUUUCGUAUCGAUGGGAAGGCGGCAGUGAGGUGUGGGAUUAAAUGCAACACGUUGCCCUUGGUCCCGCGCAAUCAACUCUGGUAUUUGCAUGCUCACACUGAGCGUUCAGCUUCGCACAUGCCGUUUUACGCUAUGGCGUGCUCUUUAUUUCUGUCCUAGACUCCACGCGUCUGGAGAGGCGAUGUGCGAGAAGGUCACGGUUCGGCUCCCUACAGAACUGAGCAGGUUUCAGUUUUAGUCCGUCUUGUAGAAGAGACGAUUCCUGCUGCCAAAAACGAGACUCGAGUCAGGAAGCUGAGGGAGGGCGGCUGCAUUGUUCUGCUCGCUUCAUAGAUUUACUAACUUCGUGCUGGUUCCCACUUUAAGAAGAGCAGAAGAGCCAUCUUCACCCCCGAGACCGUACUCAGAGGGAGAAUCCUAAAUCCUGGAGGACCAGAAUCAUGGAUAAUUUGCCACCGCAGAGGACUCUGACUUUUCUGUUCUUAGUAUUGUUUUUUAAAGCUGUAUUUAGUGAGCAAGAUAGCCAUGUCCAACUUGCUAGUAGUGUUACAGGCUGGGAAGGUUCCUGCGCCGUUUUACCGUGUGAAAUUAUUUAUAAUCAUGAUAUUGACUACUACAUGUGGUUUUAUAAUCCAGUAUUCGAUAAGACAACAAGCGACUAUAAAGGAACAAUUGUUUAUCAUAGCACAAAGAUGGAAGAGGUGGACUCUUCCUUUAUAGACAGAGUAGAACAUAUAGGAAUGACAGUUAAGAAUUGCACCAUAUUAAUAAAGAACCUGCAGAAGAACGACACCGGUCAUUAUAAACUAAGAAAGAUAUGGAAAGAUAAUAAAUGGAUGUCUAAACAAGAACUGAGCCUCACAGUGUCUGAGACCGCACCGGAAUUGAAAUUACAUGAAGUGCCCAAAAUGCAAGAAAAUAAAGAGGUCACGUUGACUUGCUCUAUAGAUUAUUUUUGCCCUUCAAACGCAGUUAAUUUUACUUGGCUUGCGGAUGUAAACAGAAAGGUGACCACAACGGAUGUAAGGAAUGACAUAAGUACGACAAGAACCACCACCUCACUGACAUUUGUUCCUUCAUGGGAAGAUAACAAUAAAAUGAUCAGCUGUGUCCUCGACAGGAUGAAUAGGGAAAAGGAAAAUAAAAUCAUACAACUUGAUGUGAAACAUGCCCCCAAAAAUGUCACCAUAAUUCCCCAGAGUCCCAUUAUAAGGAUUAAAGAAGGGAAUAAUGUAACACUGAAAUGUUCUGUGGAGAGUAGUAACCCCCCGGAGGUUGCAAUCACAUGGUACAAAAAUGGGGGAAAAAUGCAGGGGACAGAUGCACGUGAAAAACUAUUCAAGGAAUCAGGAAGAUACCAAUGUGAAGCUAAAAACAGUGCGGGCUCAAACAAAUCUAACACUGUGGAGAUCUCUGUGCUGCAUCUUCCCAAAUCUGUAUCAAUUCAGAAACCAGAGGGAAAUAUACGAGAAGGAUCCCUUGUGACUCUGAGUUGUUCCACUGUUGCUAACCCCCCCGUCUCCCGUUACAUCUGGUACAAGAAUAAAAGGGAAUUUUUCAACAGCACGGACAGUCGCUAUGCGUUCCGUCACAUUACAGAGAACGAUUCUGGAUCUUAUCAAUGUGAAGCUGUUAAUAGUCAAGGUAAAGGCAUAUCUGCUCCCGAACAACUGGAUGUGAAAUAUGCUCCAAAGAAUGUGAAAGUUGUUGUAAAACCGGACGGGAAACAAUUCCUUGAGGGAAAGUCGGUCUCUUUUGAAUGUGUUGUGAAAAGUAGCAAUCCAAAUGUGACAAAGAUUAAAUGGAAAAAAAAUGACAAAUCUGUGACCGUAUCAAUUGGAAACAAGUCCAUCGAGGCGGCAGAUGCUGGAACAUACACUUGUGAAGCUACAAAUGAAAUAGGGACUUCUUCUUCAGAUGCAGUUACAGUGGAGGUUCAUUAUAAACCAAAGUAUUCAGAUUGUAAAAUAAAUGAGAAAAAUAAAAAAGAACACGACGAACUUAUUCUAAAAUGUCCAUCCCGGAAAAGUAAUCCUGAUAUUACUAGUUAUGAAUGGUUCAAAAGUGACGAACUAUAUAGUACAACAACCUCAGAUUCCAUAAAGAUCACGAAUUUAAAAUUGACCGACUCUGGGUAUUAUUCAUGUAGGGCAAUAAAUCCUAUAGGAAGAGGCCCAAAAGCAGAGUGCGAAUAUAUUUGGAUCCAUUAUGCUCCAAAGAACGUGACUGUCGGAGUGUCCCCUGGAAAUUAUGUAACGGAAAACACAGAUGUCAGACUGAACUGCACAGCUAAAGCUAAUCCCGCCAUUCAUAGGUACAGCUGGUACCACAAUAAGAAACCUCUACAGACAAGCCAAAAGGAAUAUGUAAUAGUCAAUAUACAGCUGAGCCAUAUGGGAGAGUACUACUGCAUUGUAGACAAUACCAUUGGAUCCAACACGUCACAGGUGAUCUACCUCCACGUCUCAUAUAGUUUCUACACCAUAGCGAUAUACACUGCAGCCGCCAUCAUACCCUUCAUCAUCCUGAUACUAAUAGUUGUCCUGAUUAUCCGUUUCAGGAUCUGUUUCAGGUUGAAGAAUUGUAGGAAGGAAGACAGAAGUGAUUCAGCAUUUUUUGUUUUAAAAAAGACAAACAACGAGGCAUCAGACCAUCCAGGCCACCAUACCCGAUCGGAGGACAGCCUCACCGAGCAGAUAAAUUAUUCAAGUCUCCAAUUUCCUAUAUCCACCAAUGGAGGACAGAGCCAACCUGGGACAAUUUAUCCCAAUCCAGACGACAUAUACAGUGUUGUGCAGAAGCCCGCGACUACUGCUGACUAUGAAAACGUUAAGAAAGCGGAAGACGACUCCCAAGAUGACAUUCACUACUCUGUCAUUGCCAACCUAAGCAGCGCCACAGUAAAGGAGCGCGGUCAAGAGGUGGAAUACGCCAUGUUAAGACAAUGAUGAAAAUAUUUUAUAAAUGUGUAAAUUAGCAAAAAAAAAAGACAAGGUUUUCAUUUUGUCAGCUUGGUGCCAUACAUUUAAGGGGCCGUUCCCAAACUCGAUGCUUUUUGAUGCUGUCAGACCUCAACUAGACUGGAGAUGGAGGCGCCGUUGCAUUGACGUCAAUGGAAAAUGUUAGUAAAAAGCAGUGGUGAUAAGUGGUACUGCAAGUCACAGAGGAAAAGUGCGACAAUUUGUGAAGGAGGCGGAAAAGUUUAAUAACAGAUCAAAUAAUGAAAAAACUCUUGUAUAAGACUUUCUUUUAAGAUCAGUUCUAAGCCAUUUUAAAUGUAAACUCACAGUCACAUAAGCAUUGGCCAUUUUUAAAGCUUGGAUGGAAAUUCUCCAUAAAAAAAUUGCCUUGCAUCACCGUGUUGUGACCCCUAUAAUUCCCCUAUCUACGUUUCAUUUUAUUUUUUUAAUGCGAAGUGAUUGGUCAUUUUCAUUGGUAGCAUUUUGGGAAAACCAGGACUUUUGGAUCGCUUUUUGAUCCAUGUAUUCUGGAAUGUCAGGUGACCAAAGAACACCCAUUUUAAAAUUUGAGUUUUAUUUUAAAUUUAUUUUAUUUUGUCUCUUAUGUGAAAAAUGGAAGAGUGAUUUAUGCUUUUUAUAUGAAAAAUAAAAAAUCUAUACAUAUAUACCAUAUAUACUCGAGUAUAGGCCGAGUUUUUCAGUUUUUCGUGCUGAAAAUGCCCCCCUCGGCUUAUACACGA